CCUCGAGCAUUGGCACGCCAUGGCCAGUAACGCGCCCAACACCACUGGUCUUCCGGAAGCUGGGGAUCUGAAGAGUGAUACUUCGAGUGCCAGCUCGAGUCAGACGAGCCUUGAACACGUCAGUGUCUGUAAGAAGGGAGCGACUUGGGUCGCUAGUGGUUUGAAGGACAGUUACUACCGUCCCAUCGACACCUAUGAGGGUCUUCAUCGAUAUGACCCCGAUUUCGAAUGGGAACCCGAGGAAGAGAAGAGGAUCAUCAGGAAGGUAUGAGAGUUGUCCUCAUUGAUACCGGGAGGCUACUAAUGUCUGCAGAUUGACAAAAGGAUAUGUACUUUUGUAUGUCUCAUGUUCUUUGCGCUCCAGCUAGACAGAGGCAACAUCAGCCAGGCGCUCUCGGACAAUCUCCUCAACGAUCUUGGUAUGAACACCAAUGAAUAUAAUUUAGGCCAAACAAUUUUCUUCAUCUGCUUUCUGUGCGCUGAGCUGCCGUCUCAGCUCAUAAGCAAGAAGAUUGGGCCAGAUAAUUGGAUUCCGAUACAGAUGGUGUCCUGGAGUUUAGUAGCUAGUAUGCAAGCCUUUUUGACCGGUAAGAGUUCCUUCUACGCCUGCCGUGCGCUGCUCGGACUCAUCGAAGGUGGCUUCAUUCCGGACAACAUCCUCUAUAUGAGCUAUUUCUACACCGGUCUCGAGCUGCCCGCUCGCCUCAGCUGGUUCUGGGUGUCUUAUCAAUCUACACAGAUCAUUUCCGCAUUCCUAGCCUUUGGUAUUUUGCGUCUAGGUGGACGCAACGGUAUGGAGGGCUGGAGGUGGCUGUUCGCUUUAGAGGGCAUGCUCACUGGUUUCAUUGGUAUCGCUGCUUGGUUUUACCUGCCGCCAUCACCAACACAGUCUGCAACUACGAGCAAGAUCAACCCCUUUAGAGGCGAGAAGGGCUGGUUUGAUGAGCGCGAAGAGAAGAUCAUGGUCAACCGUAUUCUUCGCGAUGAUCCCUCGAAGGGCGAUAUGCACAACCGCCAAGGCCUUUCGUUUUCGAUGUUCUGGGAAUGUCUCAAGGACUACCAUAUGUGGCCGAUCUAUCUGAUCGGCCUCUCUUGGACCAUUCCCUUCAACCCAGUCUCAUCAUACCUCACUCUCCAGCUGCGAUCUCUCGGCUUCGGAACCUUCGACACCAAUCUGCUCACAAUUCCAGCUUAUGUGCUCUUUAUCGUUCAACUUCUAUUCUGGACCUGGGUGUCCGAGAAAGUCAACGAUCGCUUCCUUGUCGGUCUUGUCUCUCAGAUCUGGGCUCUUCCACUACUCAUCGCCCUAGAAUGUAUCUCUCCGAGUACCUCGCCAUGGGCUCGCUGGGUUUUGGCUAUCAUGAUUGUCGGGCACCCAUACGUACACGCCAUCCUCGUCGCCAUCACGUCACGCAAUGCUGGCACGGUGCGAACCCGUACUGUAGCUUCGGCGAUAUACAACAUGACGGUGCAGGCCGGCAGUAUCAUUUCACAGAACAUAUAUCGCGAAAACGACAAGCCGUUGUACCGUAGGGGCAACAAGGUGCUGAUUGCGAUAUGUGCGUACAACUUUGCGCUGUUUAUUGGAGCAAAGAUGUUCUAUGUGACAGUCAACAAGAGGAGGGAGGCGAUCUGGCGCUCCAUGUCAUUGGAAGAUAAGAAGACAUAUCUGGCUACCACAAAGGAGAAGGGCAACAAGCGUCUGGACUUCAGAUUUGCGCACUAAACGACCCCUGAUAACUGUCAGAUCAAGCUUUCUUGAAAAUAUUCAGAUCCGAUCAAAUACAAAACAUUGUCACGCG